GGCCAGCGGAAUGCUACGUGUCUUGAAAGUGUCUCAUAAAAACCCUCCGUCUGCCUGUGCGACGAGCACCGCAGCCGAAAGUUUGGAGCCUCGAACCGCAGCAGCGUGAAGCAGGACUCGUUCCCCUCCGUUACCCCCUCAGUGUGUGUGUGCGGAUUUACACGAAAUGUCCGGCGUGAAAAAGCUUCGUACGGAUUUCAACAGGUCGACGAAUGUGGUGUACCAGGCCCACCAUGUCAGUCGGAGCAAGAGGGGUCAGGUUGUGGGCACCAGGAGUGGAUUCAGAGGCUGCACUAUCUGGCUCACUGGUCUGUCCGGUGCAGGGAAAACCACCAUCAGUUUUGCCCUGGAAGAGUAUCUCGUGUCCAAAGCCAUCCCUUGCUACUCACUGGACGGGGACAACAUUCGCCACGGCCUGAACAAGAACCUGGGCUUCACGGACGAAGACCGCGAGGAGAAUAUCCGCCGCGUCGCCGAGGUGGCCAAACUGUUCGCAGACGCUGGGCUCGUUUGCAUCACCAGUUUCAUCUCGCCCUUUGCCAAGGAUCGUGAAGAGGCAAGAAAGGUCCACGCGAGUGCAGGCCUGCCCUUUUUCGAGGUGUUUGUCCACGCUCCCCUCGAUGUGUGCGAGUCCAGGGACGUAAAAGGUCUUUACAAGAAGGCUCGCGCCGGAGAGAUUAAAGGAUUCACUGGUAUAGACUCCGACUACGAGCGUCCCGAGGGACCAGAGCUGGUGCUGAAAACUGGAGAGCUCACGGUGAACGAAUGCCUCCAGCAAGUGCUGGAGCUCCUCAAGGACCAGAGCAUCGUACCACAUGAGAUCACGGAGGAGGUGACUGAACUCUUUGUUCCCGAGAACAAGCUCGAGCUCGCUGUGGCUGACGCAAACACGCUCCCCACCAUCAGCAUCACCAAGCUGGAUCUACAGUGGGUGCAGGUCCUGGCUGAGGGCUGGGCGAGUCCCCUCAAGGGUUUCAUGAGGGAGAGGGAGUUCCUCCAGGUCCUUCACUUCAACAACCUGCUGGACGGCGGAGCCAUCAACUUGUCUGUUCCCAUCGUGCUGCCCGUGACCGCUGAGGUCAAGCAGGAGCUGGACGGCUGUGCGGCUGUAGCUCUGGAGUACCAGGGCUUGCGCGUGGCUAUUCUCAGGAACCCGGAGUUUUACCCACACCGCAAGGAGGAGCGCUGUGCCCGACAGUGGGGCACCACCUGUCCGCAGCACCCUCACAUCAAGAUGGUUAUGGAGAGAGGUGAUUGGCUGGUGGGUGGCGACCUGCAGGUGCUGGAGCGAAUCAAGUGGAACGACGGGCUUGACCAGUAUCGCCUCACGCCGAGGGAGCUCAAGCAGAAGUUCAAAGACAUGAAAGCAGAUGCCAUAUUUGCAUUCCAGCUGCGAAACCCGGUGCACAACGGCCACGCUCUGCUGAUGCAGGACACCAAGCGCCGCCUGCUGGAUCGAGGCUACAAGAACCCCGUGCUCCUGCUGCACCCGCUCGGCGGCUGGACCAAGGACGACGACGUGCCGCUGGACUGGCGGAUGAAGCAGCACGACGCCGUCCUGGAGGAGGGCGUCCUGGACCCGGCGUCCACCAUCGUUGCCAUCUUCCCCUCGCCGAUGAUGUAUGCCGGACCUACAGAGGUCCAGUGGCACUGCAGAGCCAGGAUGAUCGCUGGAGCAAACUUCUACAUCGUGGGCCGGGACCCUGCUGGUAUGCCUCACCCAGAGACGAAACAGGACCUGUAUGAACCCACUCAUGGAGGCAAAGUCCUCACCAUGGCCCCGGGCCUCACUUCUGUGGAGAUCAUCCCCUUCAGGGUAGCCGCCUACAACAAGGAUAAGAAGGCGAUGGACUUUUACGACAAAGAGCGACACGCCGAGUUCGAAUUCAUCUCUGGAACCAAGAUGAGGAACAUGGCCCGGAGCGGAACGAACCCUCCCGACGGCUUCAUGGCCCCCAAAGCCUGGAAGGUGUUGGUGGAAUACUACAGUUCUCUACAAAAGGACCAAUAAUAAUAAUCCUAACCUGUCAGUAAACAAAACCAUAUGGUUAGUUUUUAAAAGGGGAUUUAUUAGACAUUACAUUAUCCUAAACUAAAUGAAAUGUUUAUGUAGAGUGGAGAAUUUAGAUUGAUAUGAAUAAAUAAAUAAUAAUAAUAAUAAUGAUAAUACUGAAUGAUAAUGAAUUCUGUCUGGGAUGGGUAUCUUCCCUUAAAGCAUUACAUUUGUACACUGCUUUAAAUCUACUUGAUUUUAUAACCCGAUUGUAUUUUUAUAUGAUAAUUAACUUAAAAAUAUAUAUAUGUAUGUAUUUUAAUAAAUAACUUUUUUUUUUUAUUUUAUUUUUAGUUGAGGUUUUAGGAAAACUCAUCCCAAGGAAACUUAAAUCAAAUAACAUAAACACGCAGAAGUGAAGGAGCGCGUGUGGAAGAGUUACGCGGAGGUUUUAAAACACGCUCUCGCGGGUGUGGACGUUAACAAGCUCAUCGCGGUUAACAUUUCAUGUCACUGUGUGAAAGGAUGCGACACAUAACUUUGUUUGUACAUAGGAAAUAUGAAAUAAGUGCCUUUCUCUCUCAAAAAUGUCAACGUUUUACACAAAUGAGGAAAUUGUUGAAUGUCUCCGUCGUGGAAGGUUUUGUUUUGCCCUGAAAAAGUGCCUCAGAUUUCACAUUCAUGUCGUGUUUUAAAGGUGGGGUGUGUGUGCAUUCAUGUAGAAAAGAAGUCUUAGGAUAAUAAAGUUGGAAAUUUUAGUUAUAAA